UGCAAUUAUUAACGCAUAACUACUAAUACGUAAUAAUGUAGAAACCACAGUUCGCUUAUUUUGAAAACAAGUAUUUUGCGACAACCCCCACAGUCUUAGCGAAUUUACUUCCGAUUUCCGCAUGAUGUGUCAAUAAAACAAAUAACUUCAUUUCAGGCGAAGUGAAUGGGAUAUUGCUUGGAUAUCAUUCCCUACAGUCUGGCUCAAAUUUAAUCCGACAAAAUGGAUUAUUCUGGAAAAGAAAAGGAGGCUAUGGCCAUCAUGGCUGAGGCAGACAAGAAAAUGAAAACGUCACAUUCGUUAUUCGGAUCGUUUUUUGGGAGUUCCUCCAAGGUCGAGGAGGCCUGUGACUUGUACGUGAGAGCUGCCAACAUGUUCAAGAUGGCAAAGAACUGGAAUGCUGCAGGAGAUGCCUUCUGCAAAGCUGCACAGCUGCAUUUACAGGUGCAAAGCAAGCACAACGCAGCCGUAAACUUUCUUGAUGCUGGCAAUGCGUUCAAAAAGGCUGAUCCUCAAGAGGGCAUAAGCUGUUUCUGUCAGGCCAUUGACAUCUACUCCGACAUGGGACGUUUCAACAUUGCAGCGAAACAACAUAUAUCUAUUGCUGAAAUCUAUGAAUCUGAGUUAUUGGACAUAGAUAAAGCCAUUGCUCAUUAUGAACAGGCAGCAGAUUAUUACAAAGGGGAGGAGUCCACCAGUGCAGCCAACAAAUGUCUUCUCAAAGUGGCAACCUAUGCGGCUCAGAUGGAGCAGUACCAGAAAGCCACUGAAAUAUUUGAGCAGAUCGGGACUUACUCCAUGGACACUACUUUGCUGAAGUAUGGUGCUAAAGACCAUUUCUUCAAAGCAGCUCUGUGUCACUUCUGUGUGGAUAUGCUCAACUGCAAGCUGGCUGUACAGAAGUAUGAGGAAAUGUAUCCAGCCUUCUCAGAUGCUAGAGAGUGCAAACUUCUUAAGAAACUUCUUGAUGCACAUGAAGAGCAGAAUAUUGAUGCAUAUGCUGAUGCAGUAAGGGAAUUUGACUCCAUCACCAGGCUUGAUCAGUGGCAGACCACUAUGUUACUAAGAAUCAAGAAGACCAUUCAGGACGAGGAGAAUGACCUUCGCUAAUGUGAAGUCAUGAUUCCAAGCUCUUUUCCUAUUCUCCCAUUCUUCCUCUCAGUUAACAGUGAUUCCUUUCUUACCGUGUUUAUCAUUCAUUCAUAUAUGUGAAAAUGAAGGUCACGUGCGCAUUAUGCACAUCCCAAAUCCUACUAAACUUUACUUUUAUCCCAAAGAACACUGUGAAGUCUUCUAGAAUGACACUGGGUAGAAUUUCUGUUACAAGCUAUGACCACAAUGUUCCUUUGUUGUAAAUGCAACUCCUCGUAAAUCUGAAUAUUUUAAGUGUUACCAUUUGCGUUCAUGCUUGUGCAGCUUCAGUAGUUGCUUUAUUUAUUAUUCUUUUAUUGAUGGUUGUAAAUGAUCAUUUGAUUUUCACUUGUUACUGACCAAGUCACAAGGCUUGUAUAUGUCAAUAUUUAUUAGUAGUAUUUAUAAGUGAAGAUAAUUCUAGAUUUGUGCAAAAUUCUAUAAUCGUGAUGAUCAGCUGAAACAGUACUAAUUGCUAUCUUCUUGCUUUCCUCUAUGGAAGUAAUUUUCUUCAGUUAGAUCUUAAAUGAAAUGAACUUAGCUUAAAUUAUUAUAAAUGUAGCUUAAAUUAUUUUCUUAUUUGUACCAACGCAAGAAGAGUGAAUUUGCAUGAUGGUUAUGUAUUUUGCAGGACUCUAGGAUGUGAGGAUUUAUCAGUCUUCUUUCCACUGAAGGUGGACUGGUUAACUGUGCAAUGAGGAACCAGCUUGGCAUGAAAAUGUUUUAGUUCUUAUUAAGCUAAUUUCAGCCAAGUUUAAUUUAUUGAUGUAUUACAAUAGGCUCAUAAUUAUAAGUCAUACUGUUUGUUAUCUAAAAUUAACCUGAAUUAAUAAGCUUCUUCUUAAGUUAUUACUUUCUGCAAUUCAGUGCUUUUUUCGUGUUGACAAUUUCAUCUACAUGUUCGGAUGUUUAUGACUAGUCAAGAACCAAUACAGGAACUUAAGCAUGGAAAAAGCAUGGCAGAAGCUUAACGUAACACAAAAAAAAAUGAAGUGUAACACAAAGAAUAAUGUUUGGAGGCAAGCAGUGGAAGCAUGCAUUAAUUCAUCAAAACCUAUGUUAAACUUAUUUAAAAAGCUAAUAAAUAAUUUGAUUCCCUC